AUGAAGAGGCAGAGGAAGGUUGAAGAACGAGCUGAAGUACAUGAAGAGGAUUCCAAUCCAGAUGAGGAUGACGAGAAGAGCCCACGAAUCAUUGAAGCACUGGAAGAUGCAGAUUGGAUCAUCUCCAUGGAAGAGGAACUGAGGAGUUGUGAGAAACGAUGUAUGGGAGAACUGGUGCCUCUACCUGAUGGUUACUCACAAGUUGAAGGAGUCGACUUUGAUGAAACCUUUGCCCCUGUAGCACGUCUUGAGUCUAUCAGACUUUCUAGGGAUGGCAUGCAUAUUGAACUUCAAGUACAUCAGAUGGAUGUGAAGAGUGCUUUCUUGAAUGGCAUUCUACAAGAGGAAGUAUAUGUAGCUCAACCGAAGGGAUUUGAAGAUCCUACGCAUCCUAGGAACUGUGGACAAAACUUGUUCACACUUGAGAAGGAAGAUGAGAUGAUGAUGGUGCAGAUCUAUGUAGAUGAUAUCAUCUUUGGAGGAACUUCAGAGAAGCUGGUGCAAAACUUUCGUGAAGAGUAUGACAAAGGAGUUCAAGAUGAGCAUGGUGGGAGAAUUGAAGUACUUUCUUGGACUUCAAGAGAAGAUGUUGAUGUGAAGCUAUACAGAGGAAUGAUUGGAAGCUUGCUUUACCUUACAGCAAGUCGGCCUGACUUAUGCUUCAGCGUCGGUGUGUGUGCUCGUUAUCAGGCCAAACCAAAACAGUCCCAUCUUCAAGCGGUGAAGAAGAUCUUGAGGUAUGUCAAGGGAACUGUCAAUCUGGGGAUCUUUUACUCCAAAGGAUCCAACAGAAAUCUUGCUGGAUAUUGUGACGCCGAUUGGGCAGGAUGUGCAGAUGAUCGGAAAAGCACAAGUGGAGGUUGUUUCUUCCUUGGGAACAAUCUUAUUGCUUGGCUUAGCAAGAAGCAGAAUUCUGUGUCACUAUCUACUGCAGAGGCUGAGUACAUUGCAUUGGGAAGCUGCUGCACACAGCUUAUAUGGAUGAGACAGAUGUCAGCCGAUUAUGGGAUGGAGUCUGGACCCUUCUUGGUCUACUGUGACAACAAAAGCGCCAUCGACAUAUCAAAGAAUCCGGUGCAGCACUCAAGGACUAAGCACAUUGACAUAAGACACCACUUUGUUCGUGAAUUGGUGGAAGAAAAACAGGUGCCAAUGAGGAUCAGCUACUUUGUCAUGCCGUCAUGUCACCUCAACAUAAGAAAAGUGAAAACCGUCAGAUCUACAAGCCAGCAAUCUCCAAGCACUGACGAAGCGACUGAAGUAGCGACCACUACAUCUCUGGUAGUGACCGCCGAUGGUGUUUCUGAACCAGCAGAGCCGGAUGUGCUUGAGAGACACAAAGCUAAAAAGGGGGAGAUUGAAGAUGCAACUGGUUUGACGCAGAUCGUGAAUCAGUCAGGAAGUGCAUCAGGACGUAUGGACGGACUUGUAGCGGAGCUAAGUGGAGCUUAA